AUGGACUUUCUCAAAACAAACCCCCUCUAUCUCGGAGGCGCACUUGUGUGCGUCGCUCUAGCUACGUACAUAUACCAAGGGCUCACAAACCCUUUAUCGAACAUACCAGGCCCGUGGUAUACACGAUUCACAACCCUAGUGUCAACAUACUUCGUAAUCACUGCUCAUCAUCCGGACUGGGUGCACGCUUUGCACGCAAAAUACGGCCCUGUAGUGCGAAUCAGUCCACAUGAAGUCGACGUCUCUGAUCCGCAAACAUGCCAACGCAUCCACAGUGUUAAGGGGGGCUUUCUGAAGUCGCCCUUCUAUUCCCUCCUCAUCACGGACUCGUCAAGUGUUUUCAAUGAGAUCCGGCCAGAAAUCCACCGCAAGUACAAACGCCUGCUGUCGAACCCAAUGUCGGAGACUGGACUGAAGACGUUCCUGCCACGCAUUGAUGGCAAAGUACGCAUGGCUAUCGAGCGUAUCCGGGACGAGAACAAAACUCGUGGAGCUGCGGACAUCGCCAAGUGGUUCAUGUUCCUAUCAUUCGACGUCAUUGGUGACCUGACCUUCGGCGAGGGUUUCGGUCAGCUUGAAAGCGGCGUUAAAAACAGAUCCGUCAACGACUUCAUCAGCCUCGGCUUCGUCGGCGGCCUGCGCUCCAUGUUCCCCACGAUCGCCUGGUUCUCCCUCUACCUCCCGAUCCCCGUGUUCCGCGACGCCACCAAGAUCCAGUACCGCACCUUCGACUACGCGCAGGGCGCGCUCGACCGGCACGCCGCGCGCGUCGAGGAGACCGGCGACGACCCCAAGCCGACCGUCUUCUCGAAGCUCUACACCGCCGGCGAGGAGGACAGCUGGUCGCCGAUCGAGAUCCGCGACAACGCGCAGGUCUUCAUCGUCGGCGGCAGCGACACCACGGCCAACUCCAUGAUCUACCUCAUCUGGGCCGUCUGCAAGCUGCCCGACGUCAAGAAGAAGCUGCUCGCCGAGCUGGCGACGCUGCCCGAGGACUUUGGGUACGAGGACCUCCGCGAGAUGCCGUACCUGAACUGGAUCGUCAACGAGACGCUGCGCCUGUAUACGGCGCUGCCGUGCGGGCUGCCGCGGAUCGUGCCGGCGGGCGGGUCGGAGCUUGCGGGGCACUUUAUUCCCGAGGGCGCGACGGUGACGACGCAGGCGUAUAGUUUGCAUCGUGACGAGCACGCGUUCCCGGAUCCGUACCGGUUCUAUCCGGAUAGGUGGGAGCAUACUACCCAGGAGAUGAAGGAUUGCACCAUGCCUUUUGGCGGUGGGUCGAGGACGUGCCUUGGACGUCACCUGGCUCGCAUCGAACUUCGCCUCAUCACCGCUCGAUUCUUCCGCAACUUCCCCAACGCGACUGUGUCCGAGUUGGAGGGCAUGUGUGACAAGGACAUGGAGCCUGCAUUGCACUUCUUGAUGGUUCCGAGCGGCCAUAGAUGUCUGAUCAAGCUCAACGGUUAG